AUGGCGGAGCUGGACACGGAGCAUGUGCGCAUGCUAAACACUGGAAGGCAGCGCGUUGCGUACACAUCACCAUUAAAUACGGACUGUUUCUCUACUGUGAAAUCCAAGAAGACACAGCUGCUGCAGCAUGGCAAUACGUAUGGUCUUACCUUUGUAGCUUCCAAAAACGGUUUCGUUAUGACGACGAACAUUGAGCUUGAAGAAUCCUGUACUGACUAUACUAAACGACGACAGGAGGCAAUCGACCACAGACAGAAACUCACGUUGGAAGAAAUUCACGAACUGCCAGUGAGUAAAGAAGUUGUGCUGCCAUCCAUUGCUUAUUGGAUUGCGCUCUCUACGGACGAAUUAAUGCUUGCAGUAGCUUACGGAGAUUCUGUUGCACUCUAUGAAGUUGCGCAUAUCGUCGAAGCGAUAACUGUGAAACCUUAUCAUACAUUUACCAGCAUGCAAGCGCAAGAGAUUGCGUGGUGCAGCGAUCCGACACGUGAGCAAUUGAUGGUUUUAACAUGUGAUAAGAAAGUGGUACUUUGUACGCUGGAUGGUGCACAAGAGGCGAUUAAGACGGACACUGACGCUUCGUCUAUUGCCUGGUCUCCAUCUGGACAGCAAAUUGCCGUUGGAUUAGUUAAUGGUACCGUUGCAAUAUACACUCUCGAGUCUAUAAAGUUUUUACGAUUGAUUCAAGUACCGGAAUGCUGUACUGAGCUUGAUUUUGAAGUCCACCAUAUUAACUGGGCCGAAGACAACUUAAUUCUGGCUGGGUACCAUCAGUAUGAAGACAAGAAUGAUAAAACGAUUGCUCUCGCGUGCAUUUAUGACCGUGACGAGUGUAUUGAGCUUGAUGAGAUUGUUGGAUUCUUUGAUGUAGAUGGACGACGACAUCAGUAUUUUUCCCUAUUUCUGUCCGAGUGGCGAAUGUUUUUUAUUGGUUGUUCAUUAAGCGCAGACAUUGAGCUGCUUGUAUCAGAUCCUGAGACUAGCGAAUGGCAAAUAUGGAAACCAUUGGAAAAGUACCAAGCACGUCUACCGGAUAAUAGCGCGGAUGAAGAAUCUUUUCCGAUGGGAUUGGCUCUGAAUUUAAACUCCACAGUGUCCGUUUCUGUCGAUGGCGACCCGUAUCCUCCCGUACCGAUUAUCGCUUGUACUAAUACUGAGGGCUUAUUACUUCAUUUUGCAUUUGUGGAUACGACAGUAUCCGAAGUCGACUUUGUCAAGCGGGCAUUGCCUUUCGACAAGAAAUCGACACGAACUCUUUUGACGGCUUCUGCAGAGGUGAAGAAAGAGAAGUCUGUAUCUUCGAAAACAUUGAUGGCAAAUGAGUAUGGCCAGAAUGAUGAGAACGAGUUUGCAGAUUAUGAUGGAGAUUCAAGUGACACAGACGAAGAGCGUAAAGAAGAGGAGGACAAUGCUCGAACCAAGUUUCGCACGAUUGCACUAGAUGGAGCAAACUUUAUUCUUUCAGAGCAGUUUCCAAAUUUAUUCAAAGUGAUGGGCUCCACAUACGAUGAGGAGGUUCACGCUGCUACUCUGGAUGAUCUAAGAAAAGAUGGAAAGAUUUAUGAAGAUGAUUUUGUCUCGUGGUACGUAAACUGGAUUUUUGGUGAUGAAGAUUAUGAAUCAGAUGAAGACAAAAGUAUUUGCGAACCAUUGAAGACCGAGACUACUAAAAUGAAGUCCAAAGAAGAAAUAGAAGCGGCCUUUUCUAAGUUUACGGUCGCUGAAGGAAGCUGGAAAUGCGCAGUCUGUAUGGUAAGUAACGGCCCUGAUGAGAAUAAGUGCAGCGCUUGUGAGACCCCGAAUCCUGCAGCACCGAAAAUUGUGGCGCCUGCCAAGUCAGUGAGCGUGACUUCAGCGGGUUCUAUCGGCUCCGGUGGGUUUUCGUUCCCUGUAUCGAUUGAAAAAGACUCGAAGUCGUUAUCGUUUUCUUUUGGCGGGCCUGAAGCCAAAUCUACUGAAUUUUCUUUCGGGAAUAUGCCCACAACCACAGCUUGUAGUGGUCAGAAUAGUUCGACGUCAUCUGGUACUGGCUUUACUUUUAGUACCAUGACAUCUUUUCCAGGUGCCACUGAUACAUCUGCAUUUAACUUCGGUGUAAAGGCCGAUGACGCACAAAAUACCGUGAACGACACCGAAUCUUCGUCGGUCAAGAAAACGACCGCACAUGAGUACGGCCAAAACGACGAGAACGAGUUUGCGAGCUCCGAUGGCGAAUCGAGUGACGAAGAAGAGCAGCGCAAAGAAGAAGAAGCUACUGCUAGAGCUCUUUUCCGAACGCUUACAUCUGACGGAGCUGACUUUAUUGCUUCAACCCUUUUUCCUAAAUUGUUUGCAGUGUUGGGCUCUACGUACGACGAGGAAGAACAUGCCAGCACUGUGGAAAGUCUGAGUAGAGAUGGAAAAAUUUACGAAGACGACUUUGUCUCUUGGUAUGUAAAUUGGCUUUUUGGCGCUGAGGACAGUGAAUCAGAAGAGCCAUCUAUUCCGCCGAAAGCAGAGCCUGUUAAGAUGAAGUCGAAGGAAGAAAUCGCUGCGGUAUUUUCAAAAUACACAGCCACAGAAGGAAGUUGGAAAUGUGCGGUCUGUAUGGUGAAUAAUGCUCCUCAUUUAUUAAAAUGCAGCGCUUGUGAGACCCCGAACCCUGCGUCUUCGAAGGAGAUAGCACCUGCCACGACAGCUAUAGGUUCAGAAGGGUUUUCUUUUCCGGUUGACCAAAACUCGAAGUCCACAUCAAUCUCUUUCGGUGCAAAUUCAAGUGCUGGUAUCGAAACAGCCGGCGAAGCCAAACCUAACGCCGGAUCAGCAUUCAAUUUUUCAAGUGAUACAACUGUAUUUACUUCAUCCUCGUUGGAUCCAAAAUUUGCAAAAGAGUCUUCCCCAAAUGGUACAACAGAAGCGAAGGUUUUAGCUGAAAGUACUGAAAGUGGAAGCAAUUACCCCCCUGACACAACAACAAGGCCGAAACCUCCACUUUUUCAUACACCUAGCGGCUAUCCUCCUGAUACGACAUCAAAGCCAAAGCCUCCUGUGUUUAGUGCUGUAGGUGGCAGUCAAUAUCCUCCAGAUACAACGUCAAAGUCAAAACUUUCUGCUGUUGCCAAAACCUCCAGCCUUUAG